AUGGGGUCCUACGACGAACGCAUAGACCUGUCGACGGCCGACAUCAUCAAUAUCCAGUCAGACGCCGAGAAAAUCGAGUUGUUCAAAGACACUGCCGAAUCAUUGAAAGCCCAAUCGCCGAGCCUCCCGUCAUUGUUGUUGUGGGACGAACAAGGCUUGAAGUUCUUCGAGGCCGUUACCUACACGACCGAGUACUACCUGACGAACUGUGAGAUUGAGCUCUUGAAAAAACACAGCCAUCAGAUAGCGCAGAGGAUUGAAUCCGGUGCCAUUAUUGUCGAGUUGGGGAGUGGGUGUCUUCGAAAGACAAAGAUUCUUCUGCAAGCGGUAGACGACUUGAGAAAGCCCGUCGACUACUACGCCCUGGAUCUGUCACGGUCAGAGCUCGAACGGACUCUACAAGAGGUGUCUCCAGGUACCUUUCAGCACGUCCGAUGCCAUGGACUAUUGGGCACCUAUGACGAUGGAUUGACGUGGCUGCAGCAACCAGAAAUCGCUUCCAGGCCAAAAGUUGUGCUUUCUCUGGGUUCGACCCUCGGGAGCUUUACCCGGGCAGAAGCUGCCGACUUCUUCGCGGGGUUCGCCAAAGCUAUAGAUCAUUGCGUCAAUGGCACAACCCGCAGUGAAGCUCUGAUGAUCAUCGGUGUGGACGGUUGCAAAAAAGGCGAACAGGUAUGGUCUGCCUACAACGAUGCAGAAUCCCGGAACGACCAAUUUAUCAAAAACGCAUUGGAAUACGCGAACCGGAUCCUGGGGAAGGACAUCUUCCAUCAGAGUGAGUGGGACCGUCACGGCCAAUGGAAUGAAACCAUUGGUCGACACGAAUAA